AUGUUAAUCCCAUUUUUUGAAACAGAACCGAGUACGUCAGCAUCAGCACUGACAACAAUAUCAUCAACCUCACCAUCAACUUCACUAUCAUCAUUAUUACCAUCAUCAACAUCAUCAUCAUCAACUUCAACAUCAAAAACAACAUCGUCAACAUCAAGUUCAACGUCAACAUCAACAACAACGUCAACAACAACAACUGCCUGCAACUCUUUUCUUAAUCAAACUACUUACUCAACUGGCGUUAUACCAUAUUCAGUAGCAGUUGUCGAUGUGAAUAGCGACAAUAAACCCGAUAUUGUUGUUGCAAACUGGGGUUCGAACAUCGUCAGUGUUCUUCUCAACGCAGGCAAUGGCUCCUUUAAGGCUCAAACUACUUAUCCAGUUGGUAACAACCCAUACUCGGUAGCAGUCGUCGAUGUGAAUAGCGACAAUAAAUCCGAUAUUGUUGUUGCAAACUCUGGUUCAAACAACAUCGGUGUUCUUCUCAACGCAGGCAGCGGCACCUUUAAUGCUCAAAUUACGUAUACAGUUGGCACUAACCCAACGUCAGUAGCAGUUGUCGAUGUGAAUAGCGACAAUAAACCCGAUAUUAUUGUUGCAAACUAUGCCGAUAACACUGUUAGUGUUCUUCUCAACACAGGUAGCGGAACCUUUAAUGCUCAAACUGCUUAUCCAGUUGGCACUAACCCACAAUCAGUAACAGUCGUUGAUGUGAAUAGCGAUAAUAAACCCGAUAUUGUUGUUGCAAACGGUAAUUCGAACAACACCGGCGUUCUUCUCAACGCAGGCAGCGGCACCUUUAAUGCUCAAACUACUUAUCGAGUUGGUAACUACCCUUACUCAGUAGUAGUCGUCGAUGUGAAUAGCGACAAUAAACCCGAUAUUAUUGUUGCUAACGCUAAUUCGUACAGCGUCGGUGUUCUUCUCAACACAGGCAGUGGUACUUUUAAUGCUCAAACUACGUAUCCAGUUGGCAGCAACCCAGUAUCGGUAGCAGUCGUCGAUGUGAAUAACGAUAAUAUAUCCGAUAUUGUUGUUGCAAACUGGGGUUCGAACAACGUCGGUGUACUUUUCAACGUUGGUAAUGGUACUUUUAAUGCUCAAACUAUUUACUCAGCUGGUGUGGAACCACUAUCAUUAGCAGUCAUUGAUGUGAAUAGCGACAAUAAACCUGAUAUCAUUGUUGCAAACGAGCAAUCGAACAAUGUCGGUGUUCUCUUCCAUUGUUAA